AUGUUGUCUUAUGUCCCUCUUCCUUCCACUAUUACAAGAUGUCUCCUUACAUCCAUGUCCUUGCUGCAGCCAGGUGUCUCCUUACAUCCGCGUGCCUGCUGCAGCCAGGUGUCUCCUUACAUCCGCGUGCCUGCUGCAGCCAGGUGUCUCCUUACAUCCGCGUGCCUGCUGCAGCCAGGUGUCUCCUUACAUCAUGCCUGCUGCAGCCAGGUGUCUCCUUACAUCCGCGUGCCUGCUGCAGCCAGGUGUCUCCCCACUUAUGCCCAGCGUGCCUGCUGCAGCCAGGUGUCUCCUUAUGCCCGCGUGCCUGCUGCAGCCAGGUGUCUCCUUAUGCCCAGCGUGCCUGCUGCAGCCAGGUGUCUCCUUAUGCUUUGCCUGCCUGCUGCAGCCAGGUGUCUCCUUAUGCUUUGCCUGCCUGCUGCAGCCAGGUGUCUCCUUAUGCUUUGCCUGCCUGCUGCAGCCAGGUGUCUCCUUACAUCUGUGUCCUUGUUGCUACCACCACCAAAAGGUAGCUUACAUCCAUCUUCAUUCUCUUGCUACUCUUUACUGUUUCUUUUUGUCAGAGGUCAUUUAACUGGUCCCUGUUUUUCUUACCAUUGUUUUUAUGUAUGCACAGGUCAGGGGUCACCCACCCCUCAGGCUACUGUGCAGCACCAGCAGCAGCAAAAGGGUAACAGUGGUGGUGUGCCAUCAGUCCUGGCAGGGGGCACUGGCUCAGGAUCAACCACAGGGGGAGCAGGCAUCCCGGCCCCACAGCCACCACCCCACCAGCAGCUUUCCCUCACUUCUCAACCCCAACAGCAGCAGCAGUCAGUUUCCUCACCCACAGCACAGAGCACAGCCGGGAUUGAUUUGAAUCAACUUAGUACCAGUGGAAUGGGGGCUUCCAUGGCUACUGGAUAUGACAAUUACAGUGCCGGCCUCUCAGCUUCAUAUUCACGAACCUAUUCUCUCUCUCGCUCUCUCUUGCUGUCUCUGUCUCUCUCUCUCUUGCUGUCUCUGUCUCUCUCUCUCUUGCUGUCUCUGUCUCUCUCUCUCUUGCUGUCUCUGUCUCUCUCUCUCUUGCUGUCUCUGUCUCUCUCUCUCUUGCUGUCUCUGUCUCUCUCUCUCUUGCUGUCUCUGUCUCUCUCUCUCUCUUUUGCUGUCUCUCUCUCUCUCUUUGCUGUCUCUGUCUCUCUCUCUCUUGCUGUCUCUAUCUCUCUCUCUCUCUCUCUCUCUCUCUCUCUCUCUCUCUCUCUCUCUCUCUCUCUCUCUCUCUCUCUCUCUCGCUGUCUCUCUCUCUUUCUCUCGCUGUCUCUCUCUCUCGCUGUCUCUCUCUCUCUCUCCACCCCAUUCCAUUUCAUUCACCCAACUGAUUGGUUUCCUGAAUUUAUCAUUCCUCAACUUAUUCACCUACAGAAUGAAAUCAUUUUGAUGUGCAUAGAGAUAGGAACUUGUGCAAAUGUAACCACAGGACAUAGAAAGAAAGUGACAGAUUCUUUCUCAUCUUGGCUGGGAAAUAUCUACUUUGUUAAUGUCAAAAUUACGUUUUGUAUUGCAGGUACCACCACAAGUUGGGCUGGUAAUAACACCGCUACAUACACACAAAGCGUUGCUCAAGAUAGUCAAUACUGGAAUAGCAAUCAGUUACCUCCUUUGACAAACCAGCCACCUCCAGAAUUUUGGUGCACAAUAACUUAUUUUGAACUUGAUCAGCAAGUUGGAGAAACCUUUAAAGUUCCUUCAGGUUGUCCAAGUGUCAAAGUAGAUGGCUACACCGACCCAUCAAGUAUUGAUCGGUUUUGCCUCGGUCAGCUAUCGAAUGUGCAUCGAACCGAAGCCAGUGAAAGAGCAAGAUUGCAUAUAGGCAAAGGAGUGCAGUUGGAUUGUAGAGGAGAAGGCGAUGUCUGGAUUAAGUGUCUAAGUGACCAUAGUGUGUUUGUACAAUCUUAUUACCUUGAUCGGGAAGCUGGUCGGGCACCAGGAGAUGCUGUUCAUAAGAUUUAUCCUGUAGCGUAUAUCAAGGUAUUUGACAUAAGACAGUGCCAUUGUCAGAUGCAGCAACAAGCUGCAACUGCACAGGCUGCUGCUGCAGCCCAGGCUGCAGCCGUUGCAGGUAAUGUGCCAGGACCGGCAUCUGUAGGUGGGAUUGCCCCUGCUGUAGGCCUAUCUGCAGUUGCUGGUAUUGGUGUGGACGACCUCCGACGUUUAUGUAUCCUGAGGUUGAGUUUUGUGAAAGGUUGGGGGCCAGACUACCCAAGGGGUAGCAUCAAAGAGACACCUUGCUGGAUUGAAGUCCAACUCCACCGGCCUCUGCAGCUUCUUGACCAAGUCCUUCAAGCAAUGCCACUCAGCGAUCCACGGCCAACUCGACUUAUCCCGUGGAUUAACUGA